CGUUUUGAAUAUUGAUUGUUUUUGUUGUUGGUGUCUGUUGGUUGUGUGUGAUUUAACAAUACAAAGAAAAUGCUGGAUGGAUGGUACUGUCGUUCAAUGGCAAACGAGGCUGCAGCCGCCGAAGAAGAAGAGCAGGCAAACGAAGAGUCAAAGUGUAAAAAACAAUACAAGUUUCUAAAACGAAAGUUCAGGCACCUCAUUUACGAGAAUGAAGCGUUUCGGGUAGCUCUACGAGCAGCACAGAAACGCCUACUGACCGUGACACGAGACCGCAACUUCCUCCUAGAUCGUCUGUUACAACACGAGAAAAUCGACUCAAGCUCGGAGAGCGACGAAACCGAAUCAUCUGACGAUCAGGAUGCAGUUAGAGUGGAGCCGUUGAAAAAGAGACGAAUUGAGACGGGAAACGGCUCGAGCAGUUACAGUAAAGUGUUAAGUUCUGUGAAACGAAAGAGGCCGACAGUUGCACGACCGGUUAAGCAACAGUUAAAUCAUCCCAUGUUGCAGAUUCCCGUGCCGAUAUCGUCCAGUAAUUUAUCUGAUGGUCACAUGACACCCGAGGAGGUGGAGAGGCACUUGCAGUCGCGUCAGAGCUACAUGGAGUUGGUUCCGGAACGUGCACCUUUAACCGUACCGACGGAGAUGUUCAGCAACGAGCCCUCUCUCGACAGCGAGUCGAAUCACGAUCUUGGGGACCUUGAAACAUCACCGAGUAAUAUAGGAGAAGAAUUGAGCAUCGACAUGAUUCCAGAGUGAAUGUUUAAAAUACGGGAUUUUGAUCUAAUGGUAUUUGUGUUUUCGAAUUUCAAACAGAAUUUGUGUUUGAAUUAUAUUUUCUGUGCGUUUUUUUUUUGGAUAUUUAAACAAUAAACGUGUUCAUACCUGAUUGUA